UCUCGAGCGGCUGCAGCGGCUCCGGUUCCUGCCGCAGCUCUCUCGCUCCCCUUCUUCCCGGCCCAGCACACCCCCGAGCGCGCCCGCCAUGGCUUUGCUCACCGCGGCCGCCCGGCUCUUCGGAACCAAGAAUGCUUCCUGUCUUGUUGUUGCUGCCCGGCAUGCCAGUGCUUCCUCUGUGAAUUUGAAAGAUGUAUUGUCUGACCUGAUACCUAAGGAACAGGCCAGAAUUAAAAACUUCAGACAGCAACAUGGCAAGACAGUGGUGGGCCAAAUCACUGUUGAUAUGAUGUAUGGUGGCAUGAGAGGCAUGAAGGGAUUGGUAUAUGAAACGUCAGUUCUUGAUCCUGAUGAGGGUAUCCGCUUCAGAGGCUACAGUAUCCCUGAAUGCCAAAAGCUGCUGCCCAAGGCUAAGGGUGGGGAAGAACCCUUGCCUGAGGGCUUAUUUUGGCUGCUUGUAACAGGAAAAAUCCCAACAGAAGAACAGGUAUCUUGGCUCUCAAAAGAGUGGGCGAAAAGGGCAGCUCUGCCUUCCCAUGUUGUGACCAUGUUGGACAACUUUCCCAAUAAUCUACAUCCCAUGUCUCAACUCAGUGCAGCCAUUACAGCCCUCAACAGUGAAAGUAAUUUUGCUCGGGCAUACGCAGAGGGUGUCCACCGAACCAAGUACUGGGAGUUGGUUUACGAAGACUGUAUGGAUCUGAUCGCAAAGCUACCUUGUGUUGCAGCAAAGAUUUACCGAAAUCUUUACCGGGAGGGCAGCAGCAUUGGGGCCAUUGACUCUAAGCUGGACUGGUCCCACAAUUUCACCAACAUGUUAGGCUAUACCGAUGCUAAAUUCACUGAGCUCAUGCGCUUGUACCUCACCAUCCACAGUGACCACGAGGGUGGCAAUGUAAGUGCCCAUACCAGCCACCUUGUGGGCAGUGCCCUUUCAGACCCUUACCUGUCCUUUGCAGCAUCUAUGAACGGGCUGGCGGGGCCCCUACAUGGACUGGCAAACCAGGAAGUGCUCGUUUGGCUGACACAACUACAGAAGGAAGUAGGCAAAGAUGUGUCAGAUGAGAAGUUACGAGACUACAUAUGGAAUACACUUAACUCAGGACGGGUUGUCCCAGGCUAUGGCCAUGCUGUCCUAAGAAAGACAGACCCGCGCUAUACCUGUCAGCGGGAGUUCGCUCUGAAACAUCUGCCUCAAGACCCCAUGUUCAAGCUAGUUGCUCAGCUGUACAAGAUUGUGCCCAAUGUUCUCUUAGAACAGGGCAAGGCCAAGAACCCUUGGCCCAAUGUUGAUGCUCACAGUGGGGUGCUGCUCCAGUACUACGGCAUGACGGAGAUGAAUUACUACACGGUCCUGUUUGGGGUGUCACGGGCACUGGGUGUACUGGCACAGCUCAUCUGGAGCCGAGCCUUAGGCUUCCCUCUAGAGAGGCCCAAGUCCAUGAGCACGGAUGGUCUGAUGAAGUUUGUGGACUCUAAGUCAGGGUAAAACUGGAGACUGGGGUAAACAACUAGAAAGUGAGGGCGCUUAAAAAAAAGUAUACUUUUGUUUCAGGGGGCCUUUAAAGACUUAAGAUUAAAUUGUAUCUGAGGCACUGAUACUAAGUUUGAGGUUAAUAUAAAUUAAAACUUUAAGAGAUAAAAAGUGAUCCCUUCCCUAAACAGCUCCUUCUCCCUGCCUGGUAAGAGUUGCCCAUCAACUGUAGGAUGAACAGGACUAAUGCAUGUGGUACAGGUUAGCUUUGCCAUGCCCCGCCACCAUCUCUAGAGAGAAUCUUGUUCCUUUUCCCUGGGACAAAACAGGUUGCAGACAAUCUGCAGUCAUGUCAAGAGCUUUUGGUUCUCCCCUUAAUGGGCCAGCAAACCAGGAUUCUGCCAUUUUCAUAGGAAUCAUGUUGGAUUGUAAGCUGUACCAAGCCCCAUUUCCUCUCUGUGCACACAGACGCUGCUUCUGAUCAAAGUUUGUUGGUUAGUUGGGUGUGCUUUGACCCUUUUUUUCCUCCCAAAUGCCAUCAGGUGACCAUAAAGGCCAAGGCAUUCAGGUGGCACCUAGUGCUUGAUUUGACUUUUUUUUUUUUUUAAUUCUUGCAUGGACGUUAAGGUGUGGGAGUGUUCUUUUUCCUACUACUUUAAUACUCAUGCCUUUCCCAACUUUCUGUACCUAUUACACUUCAAGCUGAGGAUGUUCUGCAUCUUCACUUCUUGGUCCCUACCUGACUCCUUUUUUUAGCCAGUCACAUACACCACUGUCUGACCUGUGGGCUCUCCCAGCCACUGGGGUUUGAGCACUUUAUGUGAAUUAAGCUCUUAACUUCCACAGAGUACAAACCACUAACCUGUGACUGAUUUCCUCUUCUCCUUUCUUUUACUAUAUACUGUGGGCUAUAGAACAGGGACUUGGAAAUACCCUGCAUGGUCUAGUCCCAGGGGGUACCUACGCCCCUUUUGGAACAGAGAAGUGACUGAAGAUUGGACAUGGUCUUUGAAUCACAGCCUGGGGCUGAGGGCAUUAAGAAUAAUAAGCCUGCCUUCCCAUACCCUGCCACGAGAAAGUGCCCCUGUAUUUAUGGAGGUCCUAAUCCUGCCCUCUCCACAAGCUCACAGUACAGUGUCUGUUUUAGAAGCCCCGUUUGCACAGGUUGUCAGCAACUCAGACCGCUCUACUGCCUUUUCUUCAAGAAAGGAUUGAAAUACACUCCUGCUGUGCCCCUUUCUCCCUCACAACUCCUACCUAUGUUUGUGUGGACCCCCAAGUCCCCAGAACCAUGCUGUUGAGAUGAACACACUGUCUGUAAACCCUGGGUAACUGUCAAGUCACAAUGCAGACUUCAGGUUGUUCUGUAUAAAAAUGCAAAAUAAAUGUUUUUAUUAACAA